AUGGCGAAUCUGGCCCUGGAUUAUUUGGCAGAUAGGGAGGCACAGUUAACCUGGCUGUUGUGCCUAAUGACUCUCGACCGGAUGAUCGCCCUAUCCGCGCAUAGCAGGUGCUGUGAAAAACUCAGUUUCCUCCAUCCGAACAAACUCCCACUUGCUUGUCCUAGUCAUCAUCCUGUAAGCAAAGAUGUUGAACAGAGGGUGCGCAGCCUCUCCUGGACCAACUAUGAGCGCAGAUCAGAGGCAGCUAUUCAAAGGCUUAGCUCAAUGCAUGAAGGUGUGGUAAGGGCGGGGCGGAUUCUGCAACGCAAGAAUUUAGAGGAGCCUUUUGACUUUUCCGAGUCGGAAUCGGAGCCAGAGUUUGAUGCAUGGACAGAUGACGAACCACACAGGGACCGUGUUAGGGGCAUCGAAAAGGAUAAGAGAGGCAUGAUGGACCAGCGUGGUAAACCAAAAGCUCCCGACUUUUGGUCAGGACACGAUCCUCAAGUGCUAUCCCUUAGUGCUAUGCUUGUUCGCGAAUACUAUGCAGGACAGCCAGAAGAUGGAAACCUUACUACGCCACGGCAAAGAGAUGGUGAUUCAUGGCUAAAGGACUGCGAAGAAGCUGCGUUGAAGGCUUGCAGGGGAGUAAUGAACAUGCACCGGAAGAAAGAAGUUGACAUUCAAAAACUUUCUAUGGUCAGCAUGUUCUGCAUCAUGCACAAUCUGACUAUCAUAGUGAGAGAUGAUGCAUCCAACUUUGCCUGCAAGUUCGCCAAAACCUUUCAACCGAUCAUGAGGAAGUAUGCUGUUAGAUGGCCUUUUGCCCUCGAAUUGUUUAAAAUGAGUAAGAAUAUCAGCGAGAGGAACUUUUUCAACUAUCCGGAGGCUCAGGAGGGGCCCCGUGUACCUUAUGCUAUCGAAAGGAACCCGAAUCCUGUCAUCAGAGGACCUUUUCUUGUUGUGGCUGCAUUUUUGAUGGAAUGGGUCCGAUUUAUUCGUGAGACAGCAUGGAAGAAUGCUGGUUUUGGUUCGCUCCGGAAGAUCCGAACAAUCAUUGAAAAUGUCGAACCAAGAUAUGAUCCAACAGUCUACCCACUCGCCCUCUCGGCAGGUGAAGCAAAGGAACGCGGUGAACGAGUCCAAUUGUCUUCUUUACAACAGUACAACACUUCUCCAGCUUUUGAUACUUCUCGCUUCUACUCAGCGGCAGAUUAUCGAGAUUUGUACCUAUCUGGGGAGGUAACGCCUGUUGAUGUUGUACGAGCAAUCCUCCCUUUGAUCCAACUCGAUGGUCCCCAGCGUGGAAAACAUGCUCAUGCAUGGAGGGAGAUCAGAAUUGAUCAGAUCAUGAGAGCUGCUGAGGCUUCGACGGAGAGGUACAAGAACAAACAGCCAUUGGGUUCUCUAGACGGUGUUCCUUCAGCUAUCAAAGACGAUUAUGAUUUAGAUGGAUAUUCUACAAGUCUUGGAUCAAUGAAAGAAUAUGCCGAGAUACCUGCUGAAGGAGAGUCAUCGACGAGUUGGAUCGUGCGGAAGCUUGAAGAAGCAGGUGUUGUUAUUCUUGGAAAGCUUGCUAUGCAUGAGUUUGGUUUGGAUACAACCGGAAAUAACCCCAAUCAUGGAACGCCACCUAAUCCAUUCAACCCACGCUACUAUACUGGUGGAAGCUCGUCCGGUCCCGCUUACGCCGUCAGCUCUGGACUCGUGCCUCUUGCAUUGGGCAGUGAUGGCGGUGGAAGUAUUCGAAUUCCUGGUUCAUUCUGUUCCGUCUUUGGUCUGAAGCCCACGCAUGCUCGGCUUACUUCCUGGCCUGGUGCCAAUCACUCACCCACGUGUGCGGUUCAAGGACCUCUCGCUGUGGAUAUGCAAUCUUUGGUCGCUGCAUACGAAGCAAUUGCCGAGCCGCAUCCGUCAACUCAAUUCCCGCCUCUAGCUCUUCAGCCAUCACCGCCUGUCACGAAAGUCUUAGGUAUCUUUGACGCAUGGAUUUCUCGUGCCGCACCCGGAGUCCAGUCUUUGGUUCGCGGUCUUGUCGAAUCAUUGGCAGCCAAACACGGAUAUACUCUCGUUCCGAUUGAUAUUCCCUUCCCUGCUGAGGGUCAGAUGGCGCAUGCACUUACUGUUCUCACCGACGCCUCGACCUUGCUUUUCGACACCAGUGGUAUUACCCCGGCUAACAAGAUUCUUCUUGCUCUCGGUCGUACCACUCCGUCCACCGACUAUUUGCUAGCUCAGAAGCUACGAGGAAUGUUGAUGCAGCACCUCGCUCACCUCUGGAAGACAUACCCAGGCAUGAUGAUCAUAACCCCUACGACUGCCUGCGCCGGUUCGCCCAUCCGCGGCGGAAAGUCCGAGUUGUCCUACGGUGUAAACGACGGAAACUACACCCUCCAGAGUAUGGAAUACGUCUGGCUCGCCAAUUUCUGCGGCCUUCCUGCUAUCACUGUCCCAGCCGGCUAUGUUAUCCCUGAGGGUAGCAAGGACGCUGGCGAUGUCGCAGAUAGAGAUGUCGAAGGUAAGAUUCCAGUUGGACUCAUGGCGACAGGCGAAUGGUGCAGUGAGGAUGCAUUGCUGCAAUUCGGAUUCGACGCAGAGGCUGCUGGGCAGGAAAUUCGAUGCAAGCCUCCGAUUUGGGAGGAUGUGAUUUCGAGAGCUAGAGAUGAGGCGAGGGCGAAUAGAGAUGCAGUUCGUGAGUAG